AUGGUUGAAGUAUCUAAGAGAUUUUCUGAUGCGUCAAAAGACUCGUCGACAUUAACUAUUAGUAUGGGCGUAGUAGUUUCAGAAGUUGGGGAAGUUGAGGCAAUAAUUUCUGGAGAUUUUCUUUUGUCGAGGUUGUUGGACAAACUUUCAUCGACUGGGUCAACUUUCAUGGU